GCCCCGAGCCCCGCCGCGUCCGACAUGAGGGAGAAGGGCCGCAGGAAGAAGGGCAGGACCUGGGCAGAGGCCGCCCGGACGGUCCUGGAGAAAUACCCCAACACGCCCAUGAGCCAUAAAGAGAUCCUUCAAGUUAUCCAGAAAGAAGGACUUAAGGAAAUCAGAAGUGGGACGUCCCCCCUGGCCUGCCUGAAUGCCAUGCUGCACACCAACUCCCGUGGUGAGGAGGGCAUCUUCUACAAGGUCCCGGGCCGCAUGGGCGUCUACACCCUCAAGAAGGACGUCCCGGACGGGCUGAAGGAGCUGUCGGGCUCUGAGGAGAGCAGCGAUGGCCACUCGGACUCGCAGAGCUCGGAGCACAGCAGCUCCAGCAGCGACGGCUGCGCCAAGGACGGCAGGAAGAGCAGGUGGAAAAGGAAAGUUUCGUCCCGCCUGGCGCCGGCAGCCCCCGCCCAGCCCGGCUGCCCCUCGCCAUCCAUCCCUGCCAAGGGCCUCUCCUCCUCACAGAAACACAGCAAGAAGGCUCUCAAACAGGCCCUGAAGCAGCAGCAGCAGAAGCAGCAGCAGCAGCAGCAGAAGCAGCAGCAGCAGCAGCAGCAGCAGUGCCGGGCGGGAAUGGCUCCGGGAAUGGGGCCGGGAAUGGCGCUGCCCUCCAGCCAGCACGUCCUGCUCAAGGCCAAGGGCGCCGCGCCCGGGAAGUCAGGCUGGGAAGGGAAGCAGGAUGGACAUUCCAGCAGCCCCCCAAACUCCACGUCCAGCUCCUCGCCCUCAGUGAAGCUGGAGAACUCCCUGCCAGGGCUGGGCAAGAAGCCCUUCCCGAGAUCCGACAGGCUCCACGCACGGCAGCUGAAGAGAGCGCGCUGCGCCGACAUCGACGUGGAGACCCCGGACUCCAUCCUGGUGAACACCAACCUGCGGGCUCUGAUCAACAAACACACCUUCUCCCUGCUGCCUGCCGAGUGCCAGCAGCGCCUGCUGCUGCUGCUGCCCGACGUCGACAGACAGGUCGGGGCCGACGGGCUGAUGAGGCUCAGCAGCUCCGCGCUCAACAACGAGUUCUUCACCUCGGCUGCCCAGGGCUGGAAGGAGAGGCUGUCGGAAGGAGAGUUCACCCCGGAAAUGCAGCUCCGGAUCCGGCAAGAAAUCGAGAAGGAAAAGAAGGUGGAGCUGUGGAAGGAGCACUUCUUUGAGAGCUACUACGGGCAGAGUUCCGGGCUGAGCCCCGAGGAGUCGGAGCGGCUGACAGAGGCAGAGCCCGCCCGGCCCCGCAGCCCCCCGGGCCCGCAGCGGGAGCAGGGCUGGUCCCCGGCGGAGCCCGAAGCGCGGCCGGGCCCCGGGGCAGGAGCUGGCACAGGAACAGCGCAGGAGGGAGGAGAGGUCCCGCAGCCCAAGGCAGCCGGAGCAUCCCCGGAGCGACGGGCGGCGAGAGCCGGGGAACGCUGCGGGCCCGGCCGGGACAGAGCCCGAGGGGACACCCUGCCCGAGCCUCCCCGCGGAGCCACCGGCCACGGGGCACACGAGCAGGGGAAACCCGGGGAGGGGAAGGAGGCUCCGGGGGCCCCCGGCAAACCAAAGAGCCCCGAGGCGGCCGAAGGAGCCAAGCCACAAAGCCCCGCGGCAGCCCCUGACGCGAAGGGCCCCGGGAGCGAGGCCACGGAGGUCGGUGUGGAGCCCCACAAGAGGAAAUCGGAGAGCGGGGAGGGAGCUCCGGGCUCCCCGGAGAAGAAGCCCCGCGUGGCCGAGCCCUGCCAGCAGCAGCAGGCCUUUCGGAAGCAGCCCUUUCCCGGCACGGUGCCGCGGGUGCCCCCGCUCAAGAUUCCCGUGUCCAGAAUCUCCCCGAUGCCAUUUCCUGCGGGCCAGGUCUCUCCCAGGGCACGCUUCCCCCUGUCCCUCAGCAGUCCGGGCAGGACAGGGGCCAGGACCUUGGCCGACAUCAAGGCAAGAGCGCAGCAGGCCAAGGCUCAGAGGGCAGCGGCCGCCGCCGCCGCCGCCUCGGCCGGGGGAGCCGUGCCGGGGCCCGGCCCGGGCGGGGGGAGACCCCCGGGCAGGGGGGCAGACGGGAGAGACCCCGGCGGAGCCCCCCAAAGCGCAACUGGAGCAAACGCACUGGAACUGGCAGGAACUGGAAGCGGGGGAGGUUCGAGAAGGUUUCUUCCCCAUUGCCCGGUGCCCCGUGCCCAGGUGGAGAGGCAGGCGGAGCCGGGAGCUGCUCGCCAUCCUCCUGGAGCACAGCUACAGCCAGGGCCCCGGGCGGCAGCCCCGGCGCUAGGGACGGGCACGGGGGGCACGGGGGGCACAGCCUCCGGCAGCGGAACCCCGGGAGACACCGGCUGUGACCCCUCCAAAAGCCAAUCUCCUUCCCCCCUGCUGUCCCCGCUGCCAGCCACGGGCCCCGGAGCCGUGCCCGUCCCACCGAGCAGCAGCUCCUCAGCAGCACCCAGCCUUAAAUCUGCUCCCGGCGGGGCCCUGCCCAGAGCCAGCUCCAGCAUUCCUGCCAACAACCCUUUGGUCACCCAGCUGCUCCAGGGCAAGAGCGUCCCUCUGGAGCAGAUCCUGCCCAAGCCGCUCACCAAAGCAGAAAUGAAAAGUGUCCCGGUGGCUCCUCAGGAAGAGAAGGGGGCAGCAGCCCCCGGUGCAGCGGGGAACGGCGCCGAGGCGGGGGACAGAGCGUCAAGUUUGCCCCCGCAGCAGCUCGGGAAGAUCUUCUGCCAGAACAGGCCCCUGCCUCACAUUCCAAGGACCUUCCCGCUCCCCUCGGGAAAGGAGCCCGCUCCUGAGCAGCAGCAGUGCCAGGAGGCGCUGAGCAAAUCCACCCAGGAGCAGAUCCUGCAGACUCUCAUCAAGAGGGUGCAGAGGCAGAACCUGCUGCCCGUCCUUCAGCCCUCGCAGCUGAACCUCCCGCACUCAGGUUUCCCGGUGGAAAACAGCUCCACCAGCCAGAGAUUCAUGCUGGGCUUCACGGGCAGGAGGACGUCCAAGCCUGCCAUGUCCGGGCACUACCUGCUCAACAUCUCCACCUACGGCCGCGGCUCCGAGAGCUUGAGGAGAGGCUUCUCCCUGAGCGCCGAGCCCCGCCUGGGGCUGGCCGAGGGCGCCAGGGCAGAGCCCGAGGAGGUGAUGGGCCGGGGCGGCAGCAGCAGCAGCAGCAGCAGCAGCGAGGAGGACGCGGACGACGAGAGCUCCGGGGACGAGCGGGAGCGCAUCGGCGUCGAGGAGGAGCCGCGGGCGGGGCAGGGGGAGAAGGAGCGGGGCUCGCACGGCCCCACGGACCCCGGCUCCCCGGGGGCGACGGCCGAGGGGCUCCCGGUGCCGCCGGCAGCCGGCCCCAAGGAGAAGGCGCCGGCGCUGGACGGCAGCGCGCUGGCCCGGGACCUGCUGCAGGCGGCGCAGGAGCAGAUGGCCCACGCCAUCAGGGGCAAGGGCCACGGCAGCACGGAGCUCUUCGGGGCCCCGUCCCCGGACUCGGCGCAGCCGCCGCUGCUCCCCGCCCCGCACCCCCCGAAGCUGCCGGGGAGCUCCGGGCCGCAGCUCCUGGGGCCCAGCUACAGCGGCACCAUCAACGUCUCCACCUCGCCCGACGUGGGCCAGGGCUCGCUCGUCACCGGGCUGUCCGAGUGCAACCAGCUGGCCAGCUCCAUGGGCAACGUCAUGUCCUUCUCCGUCACCGUCACCACCAUUCCCACCGGGCAGGCCGUGAGCUCCGGCGGCCACGGGCAGAGCCUCCCGGUGCAGGCGUUCGCCGAGGACGGCGGCAUGGAGGAUCCCCCUUCCAAAUGUUACUGCAGGUUGAAAGCCAUGAUCAUGUGCAAGGGCUGCGGCGCCUUCUGCCACGACGACUGCAUCGGCCCCUCCAAGCUGUGCGUCUCCUGCCUCGUGGUGCGGUAACGGGGGCGCAGCACGGCUCCCUCCGGGGGCUGCUCUCGGAAGUAUCUUGGGAAGAAACAGGAAUUUUACUGCCUUGCACAAGAGACACGUUACUGAAUCAGGAAUACGGAGUUAGAGUCCUUCUUUCAUUAACGAAAGAGCACCUUCUUGUACAGGGAGUCGAAAUCGCGCUCGACUACGUGAAUUGUGACAAGAGUUUGCACUUAAGGAAUUAUGUAAAUAUGCCACAAUAUUUUGUUUAAAGAUAUUUUUUCAGUCUUUUAGGAGAUAGCGUUUGACUUGUACUGCAGUUCCAGUAACCCCAGGCUGCUCUGAGCACGUUUGCUGAGCUCUGCUGUGCCGGGGGGAUCCAGCCCAUAGCCCGUUCUCCUGGCAAAGGGAACGGGAUAAUCCGAGUCCAGCCGUGUGUGGUGAUGGAGCACCGAGCCAGGAGCCCUGAGCUCCUCCCUCGGCUGCUCCCAGUUCAGAUCCCUGGGAACUGGGAGGCUCUGGCGAUGCUCCGUUGCCUUUCCCGGUGAGCUGCCCGCUGCAGAAGGCUCCAGGGCUGUGCAAUACGGGCCGGUGUUCCGGCCCUGCAGAUCCCCCUCUCCCGGAGCCGGGGGAGGUGUCCGGCCGUGGAACUGCGAGGAGCUGUGCUGACCAUGGCAGUGCCAGCGGGAGCAGGGCUCGCACAGCUCCGCAGGGAUCUGCUCUCCUGGCCGUUCCCCAGGAGCUGGGAGCUGCCAUCCCACGGCCCAGAGCCGGCUGCUCUUGGCACACGGGGACAGGUGAAGGGCACGGAGCGUCACCCCGGGUCCUGCCGCGCUCUGGGAAGCGUUUUGUGCUCAUCCAAACACCCCCAUGGUCAGACAUCUCCACUUUCUAUCCAAGAUUUUAUAUUUCCUGAGUGUAGGGAAAGGCAAAUGAGUGUCUGCCUGGGCCUUGCUGGGUGGCUCUUUGUGUUUGAAGUACCAAAUUGGGCUGAGCUCAGCUCAGCUGAGGGAGGGGUGCUGGGACAGCCCCUCAGAGCUGGCUGGGGACAGCUGGUGGCACCUGUGUUCUCUGACAGUUCCUGGGUUCCUUCCCUUGGGCUGCAGGAAAUCAAAGCACAGUGGCCCCGUGUUCCUGGGCUGAUGGAGCAGAGUCACUCGAGGGCUGUUCCCCUCCUGGGGCAGGCGGGGGCCGUGCUGCAUCCUGGUCAGGGAACAGAGCUAUGUAUGUUUUUUGAUGGAAAAGCACUGAAUUCACUUUUAAUCCAAAGGCCUUUUUAAGCUGAAGCAAUAUUCCCAGAGCUGAGUGGUGCACGGGGUCCUCAGCCUUCCCUUCCCCUCUCCUUUGUACUACUGCUCCCCUCCCCUUCUCCCCGGGAGCCCGACACUGGUGGUGAGGAGCAGAAAUAAUUCCCUGGGUGAUUUUCCAAGGAACGAGCGGUGCCCGAGGCUGCCGGAGCUCCAGGAGCGUUUGGACAGCGCUCUCAGGCACAGGGCGGGAUUGUUGGGGUUUCUGUGCAGGGUCGGGAGUUGGACUGGAUGAUCCCUGUGGAUCCUUUCCAGCACAGGAUAUUUCAUGAUUUAGUUGGUGAUGACAAGGAAAAUGGAGUUGCAGACUUGAUCCCGUGGUAGCAGGAGCGUUUCCUUCCCUGCCCAGGGAGCGCGGCCGCCUCCGGAGCAGCAGGAGCUGCAGCAUCUGGGUGGUGUCAUCUCAAAUCUGCUGCAGAGCAGUGACCCCCACUGCCGGGAUUCCACAUCGCUGCUCCAGCAUCCCGUGGUGAGGAGGAUUUAGGGAUUAGAAAUUCACUCCAUUUUUUAAAUCUAAGAAGUUGCACAAAAUUGUCCCUACGAGCGUCUCACACCCGUACUGGUGGUGGUAGCCCAAGAACCCCCGGGCUGUGCCUGUUCCUGCCAUUCCCUCUUGUUCAGGAAGAGGAGAUCCUGUAUUUUUGUAAAGCUGGGGAGGCAGUGCGGGCUGGUUUGGAGCUGAGAGCAGGAUCUGUCCCUUUCUCCCUCAGGCCUCACCUAGACAGGAGGGAAAUUCCUUCCCCCGGUCCUGGCAGAACUUCCAUUCCUGGCUGGGGCAGCCCGGGAGAGGCCGAGGGCAGCUCGGUGCUGGGUACACAACAGGGACAGAGGCUUGAGAGGAGCCAGAGCUUUCACUGCACCCUUGGGACAGUUCUGUCUCUGCUGGGCUCCUCUCAGGGUGUUUUUCCAGGCUGCUGGAGAGGGGGAGGCAGAGGAUGAGGAGGGAGCUGUGGCCCCGAGCACUCGGAGGGUUCGGCUGCUGCAGCUGCUGCUGGAAAGGCUCUCGCAGAGCUCCCUGGCCCUUCCCGAAGCGUCACCGGCCGCCUGUGGCCGCAGCCGGUUCCUCCUGUGGGAUUUGCCGGCUGUUCUGCGGAGCACGGCCUGGGUUUGCUGUUCUGGAGCCAUCCCACGGCUCCGAGUGGCCCAGGAGGGGCUGGCACAGCCGGGGACCCUGGACACGGAGCGGCCCCGGGUGGGAUUGUGCUGCUGGCUCGGGACUUUACACCUGUCAGUGCCUUAGUUCCAUUUCAUGGAUCAACACUUGGCUUGGGCUACUUUUCUUUCCGUUUCUUUUUAAGGAAAUCAGUUCUUGGCGUGCUCUGAGGUUUGAGCACGCUCCUGGUGCAGCCUGGGGGAGCAUCUCUGAGCGUGAGGAAAUGGUUCAGGAUAACGGGCUCGGUGUGACAAUCCCUGCAAGCACUCCCUGGAGUAGGGAUAAAGCCCUGGAAGUUCGGCUGCAGCUGGGUGUGGGAUGAUGGUUUCAGGAGGGGGAAUCCUGUGGAGUUCUCGGGGUGGGAUCAGCCCGUCCCACUGCUGAGGCUCCUUCCCACAGACGGUGAAUCCACCUCCAGACGGGAUCCAUUAGACUUCGCUCCCCCAGGAAUGAACUGAACAGCACUGCAGGGAACGGCGGCAUCAGAAAUCCAGGAUUUCCAAAGCCUGAUGUCGGAGUGUUUGUGGCAGGGAAAGGAACCCGGGGAGGGAGGAGGCUCCAGUUUCCCUUUCCAGGACACAGAACUGGAAUUCGCUUCCCAGCCCCAAACCCCACGGACAGGCUGCGGCUCUGGGGGCGCAGGAUUUGAGCCAGGUGGGCAGCAAGGGAAGGAAUUUGGUGUGGAAUUUUACUUUCCCUCCUGGAAUUUACAGGAAAGAGGAGGUUCCAAGCAGUUGCACUGGUUUGGGGAGUUGGAUUUUUAUUUUUUUUUUCUGGUUGCACAAAACAGCUGCUGGAGCAGCAGUUCCUGGUCAGGUCCUUAUGG